CAGCUAUAAGUAUUAUAUUCAAGUUCUUGAACAUUCCCUCCUAGCUUCCUUGUGAUUCUUCUUUCAUAGAGAGAGAGAGAGAGAUCAUGGGAAAUUGCCAAGCCAUUGAUACUGCAACUCUAGUGAUACAGCAACCCAAUGGGAAAGAAGAGAAGUUGUAUUGGCCUGUGAGUGCUAGUGAAGUGAUGAAGACAAACCCUGGUCACUAUGUUGCUCUCCUCAUCUCCACCACAUUGUGCACAUCAAAGGACAGUGAAAACUGUCCUAAUAAGAAGAGUGACAGCAACACCACCAACCCAGUUCGCCUUACCCGCAUCAAACUUCUCAAGCCAACAGAUACCCUUGUGCUUGGCCAAGUAUAUAGACUCAUCUCAGCGCAAGAGGUUAUGAAGGGUCUGUUGGCUAAGAAACAAGCCAAGAUGAAGAGAAACGAGUCAGAAUCAGCACCAAAGAUAAAUCAGAAGAAGGAAAUGAUGGACAAACCAGCAAGGAGGUCUGAGCCUGAGGAAAACCAGGAAGCCAAAAAUGAAAGACAUGGGUCAAGGACAACAGCAUCAACUACUAAUGCUGCUAUCACAACAGCUAAGUCAAGAACAUGGCAACCCUCAUUAAAAAGCAUCUCUGAAGCAACAAGCUGAUCUGUGGUUUCAAUGUUAUUCACAUGUGACCUGAGAGGACAGAGAAGCAGCACCCUAACCUCCAAAUCCCUCUCCAUGAUUGCUUAGAUCUGUGGAAAAAUUAAAUAUAGUACAUUAAUUCAGGAAAAUCAGAACCAAGUGAGAGAUGAUGAUAAAAUUCCCUUAAGUUGAGCAUCUGGGUUCAUGCUUAAUAAUUGUGUAUAGUAAAGGUUGACAUUUUGGACAUCAAUUAAUGUAUUUCAGAUAUUGCCGUCCAGUGAAAUCAGGCUUCAUCAUUACAACUUCA